UCGUCUAAAUACUAGCACGAUGUGCCGCGGGCCUGCGUGUAGUGAUAUUGACAGAGCGGUUGGCACGGCGCAGUGGUUCGAUCGCAGCGCGCAUGCUCGCAGUUGUUAAUUCUUUCCUUCUGAAAACAUUGAUAGAAAUAUGAAUCCUUGUUAUUUGCAACGUUAUCUUUUCGUGCGUGACGUCACAUUCUAAUAAAACGAACCGAGCACAAAGAUGAGGUUGCCGAAAUUUGAUCUCCCAAUGAAGAAAACUUGUAAAUCAGCCAUGUUAAACCGCAUCUGGCAGGCCAGUCGCAGGGCUGUUAACUUGGAACACUCACCUCCACACGUAUUUGCGUGCAGCCAGUGGCAGAAUGGCACUAAACCAGCUACAUUCUACUUCAUCUAUAGAUGGAUAGUGUUCCUGACAGUGCUAUGUGUGGGUAUAUCAAGCUUCGCCUGUCAACGACUCCCUCGUCUCUACGACGGCCCUAGAGUGGAACUGAACUAUUUGAAGUGGUUCAUAUAUUUCACCAACUGGGGCUAUCUACUUAUUAUACUGCAAGCUGGUCUUGCAAUCGCAGUAGUACACCGAUACCGAGCGCAAAAGACCUUCAAUAUACCCUGUGAGGAUGAAGAGAUUCCGAUGUCUCGUCGACAACGUACUCCACUUCUGUGCCGCGCUUAUUGGCUCGCUCACACUGUGGCCACCGAUCUCGCCUUCGUCAUCACACUCAUCUACUGGACACUGGUGCAUGACCCCAGAAUCCAUGACAUCAAUACCCUCAACCUGUUAGUCCACGGUGGCAACUCUAUAUUAAUGUUGGUAGAACUGAUGAUAACAGCGCAUCCCGUACGAGCUGCUCACGCAGUGUUCGGGGCGGGAGCAGGGCUCACGUAUGGAGUCUUCAGUGCCUUUUACUGGUCGGUUGGCGGCACUGAUCGCAUUGGACUACCGGCCAUUUACCCGGCGCUGGAUUGGAAUAAACCAGGUUCAGCUCUGGGUUUCGUUGCUCUGUGUGCGGUGGUGAUGAUGUUCGCUCAUGGUGCCGCCACGUGCGUGUCGUGCUUGCGUGUCAAGAUCGCAGCCAGGAUUAUGCCCGCCAGAGCCGACCGGCUCGCUUUACCGACCCACUGAUCAAACAAAAGUUACAAGUGCAAGUGAGUACCCGCCCUUAUGUGGACAAAGUGACUUAUCAAUCUGCCUUUUGUAAAUUGAGUUAUGUGUACUCGGCUUAAUAUAAAAAAAAGCAUCUCAUUGCUAUGAACUGAGGAUGGACAUGAAAUGCGUAAUUACUAGUGAGAUUCAGCCAUAUUGUUUCAUUUAAUGUCUAAGACACUAUAGAGUUGUAAAAUUAAAUUAAAUGGUUCCCUAUUUAUGUAUCAAUGAGGAAAUUCACUCACUAAUUGUAUAGAAUAAUUUUUCGCAUGAAUUU